CCUUUGAACUUCACUACUUCGGCAACAUUAAACCCCUCUUCAGAACCAGACACAAAGAACCUCAGGAGCUAAAACCCAAACUCCUCUCUCUCUCUCUCUCUCUCUCUCUCUCUCUCUCUCUGCCUUAACUACAGUUCCUUCUGAGACACUCUAGCAUUGAUAUCUGCAAAAGGAGCCCAUGUCUUCUCUUUCCUUUUGCUUCUCAUGAGAAGCAAAGUCCUUUUUUCUCACCGUGUUUUGUUUCGCUCUCUCACAACGAAGUCAUGGAAGAGACAGAAGAGUCCAGUGGUAACAAGAAAUGCACCACCAAGACCAGGACUUUCAGAGGAAGGACCAACACUCACAAGCAUCAUUAUCACCAGUAUCAGUAUCAGUAUCAGUAUCAAUAUCACUAUCACUAUCAGCACCAACUCUUGCAAUACUCAAAUCAAUAUGGUUUCUUUAACCAUAACCAGUACCCGGGUUACUACCCAGCUCUUCUUCCUUUACCUCCACCAAUACCUCUCCAACUUGCUCUAACACCGCCUCUCCCUCAAAACCAUAGCUUUAUAUCGAAAACCCAGUUGCAGAAACCUUUAUGCAAGCUAAAUAACCCCCCUCCCCCUCCCCCCUCCCCCGCUCCUCCUACCUCCUCUGAUACCAAAGGCCCAGCUGUUACAACUUCACCAGCUUUUGAGGGGCUUCAACAACAGAAGAAUCGGCCUCUUAAAGGAGAUGGUGGAAGGAAAGUCAUGAGUGCCACCACACAAUCACUAGUGGUUGCAAGGAGACCAGAUUCUGGUGGUGUGGAAGGAUCAGUUAUUACUCUCCUUGCCAACCAUUUCCCUGUUCAAUUCGACUCCUCGCAACGAAUUUUCCAUUACAAUGUGGAAAUUUCUCCUAAUCCUUCCAGGGAGGUUGCCCGGAUGAUCAAGCAAAAACUAGUGAAGGAAAAUUCAGCUGUGCUCUCUGGUGCUCUUCCAGCCUACGAUGGCCGAAAAAGUCUUUACAGUCCUGUUGAAUUCCAAAAGGAUAGGCUUGAGUUCUAUGUUAGCCUCCCAAUCCCAACUAGUAAGUCAUCACUGCCUUUUGGAGAAUUCAAUUUCUUGCAAGAGAAGCAUCAGCAGCUCAAACUAUUUCGAAUAAAUAUCAAGCUUGUUUCGAAGUUGGAAGGCAAGGAAUUGAGUCGCUACUUGAGCAAGGAAGGCGAUGAUUGGAUCCCUCUGCCUCAGGAUUAUCUGCAUGCUUUGGAUGUUGUUUUGAGAGAGAGUCCAAUGGAGAGAUGUAUACCUGUGGGAAGAUCACUGUAUUCUAGUUCAAUGGGAGGAACUAAAGAAAUUGGAGGUGGAGCGGUUGCAUUAAGAGGGUUCUUUCAAAGUCUAAGGCCUACUCAACAAGGGCUAGCUCUCAAUGUGGAUUUCUCUGUGACUGCUUUUCAUGAAAGUAUUGGAGUAAUUCCCUACCUGCAAAAGCGUCUAGAAUUUCUUCGGGACCUUCCUCAAAGGAAAAAAAGAAGUUUGGUUGGUGAAGAAAGGAAAGAAGUGGAGAAGGCCUUAAAGAACAUCAGGAUCUUUGUUUGUCACAGGGAAACUGUUCAGAGAUACCGGGUUUUUGGCCUAACUGAGGAAGCUACAGAAAAUCUUUGGUUUUCUGACAGGGAUGGAAAAAAUCUGAGGUUGCUGAAUUACUUCAAGGAUCACUACAACUACGAUAUACAAUUCAGAAACUUACCAUGCUUGCAGAUUAGUAGGAGCAAACCAUGUUAUCUUCCUAUGGAACUCUGUAUGAUUUGUGAAGGCCAGAAGUUUCUCGGGAAGCUAUCUGAUGAUCAGACUGCAAGGAUACUUAAGAUGGGCUGCCAAAGACCAAAAGAACGAAAAGCCAUCAUAGAUGGAGUCAUGCGAGGAUCUGUUGGCCCAACAAGUGGCAGCCAGGGAAGAGAAUUCAAACUCCAUAUUUCAAGAGAAAUGACACGAUUGAGCGGCAGAAUUCUUCAACCUCCAAAACUGAGACUUGGUGAUGGUGGCCAUGUAAGAGAUCUCAUUCCUUCUCGCCAUGAUUGCCAGUGGAACCUGCUGGAUAGCCAUGUCUUUGAAGGAACUAGAAUCCAAAGGUGGGCACUGAUAAGUUUUGGGGGCACCCUUGAUCAGAAGUCCAGCAUUCCAAAAUUCAUAAACCAGCUAUCUCAAAGGUGUGAACAAUUAGGCAUCUUCCUUAACAAGAACACAAUGAUUAAACCUCAAUAUGAGCCAACUCAGGUGCUAAAUAACGUCUCCCUUCUGGAAUCAAAACUCAAGAAGAUCCACAGCGCCGCAUCAAACAAUCUCCAGCUGCUUAUAUGCGUAAUGGAGAAGAAACACAAAGGGUACGCAGAUUUGAAGCGAAUAGCAGAGACAAGUGUUGGUGUCGUAACCCAAUGCUGCUUGUAUUCAAAUCUUGGCAAGUUGAGCUCACAGUUUCUGGCUAAUUUGGCUCUCAAGAUCAAUGCCAAAGUUGGUGGGUGCACAGUUGCUUUGUACAAUUCGUUACCCUCUCAGAUUCCUCGCCUCCUUCGUUCCAAUGAACCUGUGAUCUUCAUGGGAGCUGAUGUGACUCAUCCUCACCCGCUCGACGAUAUCAGUCCAUCUGUUGCUGCUGUGGUUGGUAGCAUGAACUGGCCUGCAGCAAACAAGUAUGUCUCAAGAAUGAGGUCGCAAACACAUCGACAAGAAAUCAUCCAAGACCUUGGUGAAAUGGUGAAAGAAUUACUAGACGACUUUUACCAAGAAUUGAAUGAACUUCCCAAAAGAAUUAUAUUCUUUAGGGACGGGGUAAGCGAAACCCAAUUUUAUAAGGUCCUUAAAGAGGAGUUGCAAGCCAUUAGAGAAGCUUGUUCUAGAUUCCCUGGUUAUAGACCUCCCAUUACUUUUGCAGUAGUCCAGAAGAGACAUCACACAAGGUUGUUUCCGAAUGAAACCGAUCCAUCUUCAACUCAGAACCAGUUUUCUGACGAAAAUAUACCCCCUGGGACUGUCGUGGACACUGUGAUUACACAUCCAAGGGAAUUUGAUUUCUAUCUAUGCAGCCAUUGGGGAGUGAAAGGUACAAGCAGGCCAACACAUUACCAUGUCCUGUGGGAUGAGAACCAAUUCACUUCUGAUGAACUACAGAAGUUGGUUUACAAUCUGUGCUACACAUUUGUAAGGUGCACCAAGCCAGUUUCUUUAGUGCCUCCAGCUUACUAUGCUCACUUGGCUGCAUAUAGAGGCAGACUUUACCUUGAGCGAUCAGAGUGCAUGGCUUCCAUGAGAAAUGCUUCUACAAUCUCAAGAGCAGCCCCACCAAAGGCAGCUCCUCUACCAAAGCUCAGUGAAAAUUUAAAGAAGCUAAUGUUCUACUGCUGAUUUUUGUCUAAGCCUAUGAAUUCUUCAAUUAAUGACUGGCAUCAAUACAAACAGCACCUAGCUCCAAAUUUAGCGCA